AAAGGGGCAGGACUCUCUCUCUUUCUCUCUCUCUCUCUAUUUCUUUCUCUCUCUGUGGUGCUUUUAAGAGGAAACUUUGUGUUUUGUUCUUCAAGUUCACUUUAGUUCUCGCUGCACUCUCGUGGUGUUUUCUUUGCCUUCGUGUAUUUAUUUCACUGACUCGUGAGAUGCGCACCGGGACUAAUGGAUCAGUCCGCCUCGGUUUUCUGGAAUUCCUCAUCUUAAAGCUGGAUUUCGGAUUGUAAUGUUUCCAAAAGUUUUCAUGAACUGCAUGGAAUAAUAAUGUGGCAGAUUGUUUUGUUGUGCUGCGCUCUGGACGGUUCCUUUGCGUUCAGCGCGCUCCGUCCACCUGCGAACGCGUCUCUCCUCACACCUGCCCAGCGGAGCGACGGCGUCGUGCGGACUGUGGAUCGGAUUUAUCACGGGGGAGGCAAAGCCGGGUACCUUCUGUACAUGGACGAGCGGCGCUUUCAGCUGGAUAUGGAGCGGGACGAGUCGGUACUGUCUCAUCACUUUGGUUCGAACGCGGACGCGCCGCCGGUGCGCCGGGAAUGCGUUUACCGCGGCACCGUCAAUUCAAACGCGGAGUCUCUUGCGGUUUUCAAUCUGUGCGGCGGUGGACUUGAUGGGUUUUUCGCGAUUGAUCACGCCCGGUACACAAUCACACCGCUCAUCCGGGCGAAGGGCCACGAGAAUGACGUGCACAUCGUCGAGGACGCCGACGCGACGCGCGCUCUCCACUUUUACACCCGGGAACGCUUCAGUUUCGAAGAGAUGCCCGCGCGACACAGCUGCGGCACGCGUGACCGAAAAACACGCAGGGAUAAAAAGCGGAGCGCUCGAGGUAAGCGGAAACGCGAUGAGGACGCGCGCGGACGCAGAUGGUGGACAAAGUUUGCGAAGCCCGACGCUUCGCUGACGCGACGCAGGAGGUCUGUGUCUCGCGCGCGGCACGUGGAGCUGCUGCUGGUCGCGGAUGCAUCCAUGACGAAGAAAUACGGGAAGGACCUGCAUCAUUACCUGUUGACGCUCGCGUCCAUCGCGUCCAAACUCUACGGUCACGCCAGCAUCGAGAACCCCAUCCGCCUGUCUGUGGUUAAAGUCGCGAUUCUGUCCGAGAACGAGAAGGGGAUCGAUGUGUCCAAAAACGCCGCCGCGACGCUCAAGAGCUUCUGUAAGUGGCAGAAUCAGCAGAAUCCGCUGGAUGACGAUCAUCAGCAUCACCAUGACGCGGCGAUCCUCUUCACCAGGCAGGAUCUGUGCGGUCAUCACUCAUGUGACACUCUCGGCAUGGCUGACGUGGGCACCGUAUGUUCUCCGGAGAGGAGCUGUGCCAUCAUCGAGGACGACGGCCUUCACGCAGCAUUCACCGUGGCACAUGAGAUCGGGCACCUGCUGGGUCUGUCCCACGAUGACUCGAAGUUCUGCGAGGAGCGCUUCGGCUCCACUGAGGACAAGCGACUGAUGUCGUCCAUCCUGACCUCCAUCGACGCGUCCAAACCCUGGAGCCGCUGCACGUCCGCCACCAUCACGGACUUCUUCGAUGACGGCAAUGCCGAGUGUUUGUUGGACGUCCCUCGUCUGCCUCUUCUGGGUCCCGAGGAGCUUCCCGGUCAGAGUUAUGACGCUGUGCAGCAGUGCCGUCUAGCCUUUGGCCCAGAGUACACCAUGUGUCCCGGGAUGGACGUGUGCGCCCGCCUGUGGUGUGCCGUCAUCAGGAAGGGUCAGAUGGUGUGUCUGACCAAAAAACUGCCCGCUGUUGAAGGAACGCCGUGUGGGAAGGGAAGAAUCUGUCUGCAGGGGAAAUGUGUGGACAAGACCCGAAAGAGACACUACUCGACGUCUAACCACGGCAGCUGGAGCUCCUGGGGUCCAUGGGGUUCGUGUUCCCGUACGUGCGGUGGCGGCGUCCAGUUUGCUCAUCGUCUCUGCAACAACCCUCCUCCCCGAAACAACGGACGCUACUGCACCGGAAAGAGGGCCGUGUACAGGUCCUGUAACAUCACUCCGUGCCCUUCAGCCAGUAAGAGCUUCAGACAGGAGCAGUGUGAGGUGCGGAACGGCCCUCAGACGGAUCCUAAAGGAGUGAAGACGUUCGUGGAAUGGGUGCCGAAGUUUGCCGGCGUUCUUCCCAAAGACAUGUGCAAACUCACCUGCAGGGCCAAAGGGACGGGAUACUAUGUAGUGUUCGCACAGAGGGUGGUUGAUGGGACGGAGUGCCGGCCAUACAGCAGUUCAGUGUGUGUGAAAGGGAAGUGCGUUCGCACCGGCUGCGAUGGGAUCAUCGGCUCUAAACUUCAGUACGACAAGUGUGGCAUCUGCGGCGGCGAUGGAAACAGCUGCAUCAAAGUGGCUGGAAAUUUCACCAAGAAGAGUAAGGGCUACACUGAUGUGGUGAAGGUCCCCGAGGGUUCGACGCACCUCAAGGUCCGGCAGUACAAAGCAAAGGGCCAGUCGCGCUACACGGCGUACCUCGCCCUGCGGCGGCCCGGAGGAGAAUACCUGCUGAACGGGAAGUUCAUGAUCUCCACGUCCGAGACCAUCGUCCCCCUCAACGGCUCGGUUCUCAACUACACCGGCUGGAGUCAGCGGGACGAGGCCCUUCACAGCAUGGGCCCCGGGGCCCUUCAGGAGAGCCUGCUGGUGCAGAUUCUGGCCACGGACUCCAAGAAACCACUAGACAUCCGCUACAGCUUCUUCAUGCCCCGCAAAACGCCUCUUCCACCUAGGACGUCCGCCGCAGCUUGGGGUACAGCCGCAGCUUUGUCGUCGGCAGAGUUGGUGACAUUUACUACCGAGGUUCCUCCAACGACGACGAUUGAGCCUCCGACGACAACGAUGCCCGCGGGGCCGCGCUGGGUGACGGGAUCGUGGAUGACGUGCUCCAGAACUUGCGAUACGGGUUGGCAAAGUCGCACAGUUCAGUGCAAAGACCCUCAAGGGAAGCUGGCCAAGAGUUGCGCGCUCAGCACCCGGCCGUCGGCCUUCAAACACUGCCUGAUUAAAAAGUGCUGAGGAUGUAGAGCACGUAGACUGAACCCUCACGGACAUGCAGUUGCAUUUGUAUAAGUGCUCGAAACACAAUCACUGUGGAUUCUGCACAUUUUAUGACUCGGACAAGGAGCUUUGGCUCUAGCCUUGAAUGUGGCAAUGUGUGACCAUGCCCCCUUGACAAAGCCACACCCCCUGAUCCAUAUGACACGCCCCUUGAGUUCACACUGGCAGUCAUUUAAAUGUUACUGUAGUGUUUGAUGGGUAACACUUUACAAUUAGGUCCAUUAGUUAACUUUAGAUAAUGCAUUAACUAACAAUGAGCAAUUUGGGUAACACUUUAUGUUAGUGUCCUUGUUACGCAUGUUACAUGUAGUUACUAUAAUAAUAACUAAAAAUUACAUGCAACUAACCCCAAACCAAACUUCAUCCUAACCCUAACCCCAUAGUAAGUUCAUGUAGUUAAUUAAUAUUACUCAGUACUUAAAGGUAUAAUUGCACUGUAACAAGGACGCCUUAAAAUAAAUCUACAUUUGUUACAGUAUUUAACGUCUGUUAAUAAAAAUACAACUGUUCAUUGUUAGUUAAUGUCAAAUACAGGUUUUGAUUUUAUGAUUAACAUUAAGCUUUAGAAGUAUUUUUCAUUUAUAGUGACUAAUGUUUACAAAUGGAACCUUUUUGAACAUUGUUACCGUUUGAUGUUACAAUCAGUUCUGGUAAAACCUUAUUUUAAGGUGACUUAGUUAAACGUUACAUGAACUUACUAUAUUAACAACUGUAAAAUAUGUAUAAUUACAAGCAACUAUCCCUAACCUUAACCCUAUAGUAAGUACAUGUAGUUAAUUACUAUUACUCAGUACUUAUUUGUGUACUGUAACAACUGUAACAACUGUAACAAUGCCACCUUAAAAUAGUGUAACCGCCAUUCCAAAUCGACCGUAGAGCUGCGCGAUUAAUCGCGUUUUAAUAUAUAGAUACAUAUAUAUUCUGAUUAAUUUUCGCAAAUGAAAAAAUCAUGACUGUCUCGAAUUCUCGAUUAUGAUUUUCGAACAAAAUAAUGGUGAUUAUCAGAUUAUCGUGCAGCCCUGCUCGACUGCAUUAUGCAGCUGUAUCAGUCCGCGCUCCCAUUGGUAGUCGCUGCAUUACAUCAUAGCUAAUUUGCAUGAAGCUGAACUGAGUUAAACUUGGUUUGCUCUCACUGAACUCUCACUGAAAAUGACUGCCCAAAGUAAUUUUGCAAAUCGCUGUCAGUGUGAACGUCUCAUUUAGGGUCUAGAUUACCCUAGGGUCAGGAAUAGAACGGUCAAUCUCAUAAGGGUUUUCAAUGAAGUCUGUGACUGACGGUUUGCUCCUGAGCUGAUUUUCAGGGUUUUUGAGCUGAAACACAUUGCUCCAUGUUUAUGUCCGUUUGAGUCUUAAACUCCCCUAAUGAACUGAUCUUCACUUCUUUGUUAUGGAAAAAUGAAAUAGGGCUCUGUGAUUUAAAUGUGUGUGUCAUUUUAUCUGUUCAGGGCUCGAGGUGCUCUGGAACGACACUGUGUGCCCUCGAUACUCGCAAUAACGCCAGCCGAUCGCGCUGUUUACAUGUCUGUGUGGUUUAGAGAAAUGUUCUGGGUUCAUAAUAAGCUAGUAACACUUUACAAUAAGGCCUGAUUUGUUAACAUUAAUUAACUAAAAUACAGUUGUGCUUUGUUUAUGCUAUAUCACAGUACAACAAAUACAAUUUUUUAUUUUUAAAUAUAUAUUAGUAAAGGUUGAAAUUUAACUCUAGCUAUGUUUCCAUCUACCUAUUUUUAUGCACAUUUUGGGAUAUCGCAUAAAAAAUAAACAAUAAAUUCU